CAUUUGUCUUUGCGUAAUUCUUGCUUUUCCACUAAACAAUCGUGUGACGCGAGUAAUGAUCCAUCAGUUUUCGCAUUCGUAUCAUUGCGAUGGGGUGAUUUGAAGAUUCGGUGGUCUCCUCUCCAUGACCACAGUUUCGUGAAAUGGUGGAGAAAGAUGAAAUUCAGUCGAGAAAGCGACAUUGUGAUGUAUCUCGGUGCGAAAAGUGAGGUGUUUCUGUCAGGAAAUUGGGGCUGCCAAUUGCCAACGCGACCAUUUGCAGCCUGAGAGCAACCCCAAUAAUUGGAAAAUGUCCGGAUUUGCGGCGGCGGGCCUCGUGGCCUUCGAUUCCAUCAAGUCCAAAGCAUCGCGGAAACUUGCUGGAUUAAGAAGAAGUAAUGCCGGCUACGAGGAAUUCGAGAUGCCCCGCGAGGGUAGCAAAGACAAUAAGGGGUUCGAGGAUGAGAGAGGAUACAGUAGACAAGCUUCGUUCGAAUCACUCCCGGAACCUGAACGACCCCCAUUGCGCCAUAUCGAUACUUAUUGCAAACCAGAAUGUCCCUGCCUAUCGAAAAGAUACACCAUUGCCACUUUGGCCUGUAUAGGAUUUAUAAUCUCAUUCGGCAUGAGGUGUAACAUGGGAAUGGCAAAGAUGGCCAUGAAGAAUGCCACCGAAGAUAACGCCAACCACACUCUCAGGUUCAACUGGACAAUUGGCACAGAGAGCGCCCUGGACUCGUCCUUCUUCUGGGGUUACCUUGUGACUCAAGUACCAGGAGGAUUCCUUGCCUCUCUGUACCCUGCGAACAAGAUAUUUGGCGCUGCAAUUGCCAUAUCUUCGUUUUUAAAUCUGUUGGUACCUGGCGCACUGAGCAUCCAUCCAAUCGUCGAUAUGAUUGUACAGGUCAUAAAAGGAUUGGUGGAGGGUGUUACGUAUCCAGCGUGUCACGGUAUCUGGAAAUAUUGGGCACCACCGUUGGAAAGAUCGCGUUUAGCGACAUUGGCAUUUUGCGGUUCUUACGCUGCUAUGGUAAUAGGAAUGCCACUCUCGGGCCUUUUAACUUCGACCUUUGGCUGGGCAGCGUCCUUUUAUUUCUAUGGUAUUUGCGGAUUGAUUUGGUACUGUUUCUGGUUGUGGCUGGCAUUCGAGAAACCAUCGAAACACCCUUGUAUUUCGGCACGUGAGUUGCGUUACAUCGAAGAUUCCCUUGGCCAAGGACAAUCGCAGUUACCUAUGGCGAUGCCAACAUUCGCGACGACACCAUGGCGAAAAUUUCUGACGUCCAUGCCAGUUCACGCGAUUAUCGUAGCUAAUUUCUGCAGAUCCUGGAACUUCUAUCUUCUAGUGCUCUUUCAAGCUCGUUUCAUGCACGAGGCUUUUGACAUGCCUCUAGUUGAAACUGGCGUAAUUGGCUCGCUCCCACAUCUGUUGAUGACGAUGAUCGUGCCUUGCGGAGGUCUGUUGGCUGAUUACAUUCGCAAACGCGGAAUAUUGUCAACAACAAACGUCAGGAAGCUGUUUAACUGUGGCGGUUUUGGUAUGGAGGCUUUAUUCUUUUUGGUGGUAUCUCACGCAACCAUGAAAAGGAAUGGGACAGCGGCAAUCUUCGCGCUAGCGUGUGGUGUCGCGUGCAGUGGUUUUGCCAUUUCUGGUUUUAACGUAAACCAUUUGGAUAUCGCGCCCAGAUAUGCCAGUAUCUUGAUGGGAAUGUCGAAUGGAAUUGGAACGAUAGCGGGUCUGUUAGUACCCUUCUUCGUAGACAACAUCACAGAGAAGAAGGACGCUCUAAGUUGGAGAAACGUGUUUAUCAUAGCAGCGUGUGUGCACAUAUUCGGUGUAAUAUUUUAUGGAUUCUUUUGUUCCGGAGAACUACAACCUUGGGCUGAUCCUAAUUUGGACGAACAAAAGACUUUCGCUAUGGAUGAAUUUGGACAAGCGAAACCACCUCUUCCUCCACCACCGAAGACUAUGCAAUCCGAAUUCAUAAGACAACCAUCCAUGGGUGAUGGUGCAGCCAACGAUUGGAAUAAUUAUGAUCAACCACCAGCUGCGGAUAACAUAUACGCUCAACAAGAAAAACCACCGGUGAUAAGCUACGGAUCAACGGAAACGAAUAGCAACAAUCCCUUCCAUUCUACAAAUCCCUUCGCCAGCGAUGUAAACGCAUCUCUGGUACAACCACCAGCGACGACCGAUUACGCAUACGACGUAACACAGCAGAAUCAACAGUGGAAUUAAAUUCAUCGAUUCCCGAACAAAUUGGACGGACGUAAGGAUAUCUGUUUAAGCUGACUGAUGAUUUAACUGAUUAUGUUUGUUUCAUAACUGCUUCUAGUACUUCAAUGAGUCCAUUUGCUUACUGUUGCCUAUCAUUGCAACGAUGUGAAUUUUGAGAAAACAUUUUCCCUUUGAAUAUUUUUCGGAGAUUUCAUCUUUUAACAAGAGAAUUACCUUCUUCUAGGAUUAGAUGGAAAGUAUUUACAUCGCUUCAACAAAAGCUGGUUACUCAUUUUUUUCUAAAAAUUGAGCCAACACACAUUUAAUUCUUUUGUUGUAAAAAGGGUAUAUAUAUAGGUAGAAUUUUUAAAACACGUUAAAUGCAAUUGCGGAUGACUUAUUUUUUUUUUAUUUAACGAAUAAAAGCAGGAGGUUUAAGAUACUUAUGGAAAGAUAUAAAGUAAGCAAUUGUUAAGAAAUUGAAGUACCAGAGGCUUCUUGAAAGAGCAUAAAAUAAUUUCUUAACAACUUAUGAUGUUGAAACAUCAAUCGAUACAGAAUUGCUGGCUUUGUAUUCUCAAUUGAAGUACAAGGAAAUGUUCUCUUUUUGCAAUACCUAAGAGUGCAGGGUAUGGUGCUGUAAGUUGAUGCACACGAAUCGAGCAAACAAAAUAUUUGAAUGCAAAAAGAGGCUUGCGAUAUUCAUAAAAGAGUAUCAAGAGGUGUCGAAAACGACAGAGAAAGUGGAUAUCAAAAUAUCGUAAGAUCUUUUAGGAAAACAUUCAAACGGAAACAGAAUUAUAAGAAAUCAAGAAAGGAACUUUCUACAUUAAUUAUUUAUCAGUAUAACUUGCGCAUUUCGAAGUGAAACCAAGCUGACUAUUUUGUAAAUCUGACAUUGGCCUGCUGGUUAUGUAAAUCGUCCAUUUGGUAACCUUUAAUGUAAUCACAAACGAAGAAGUGGACAUGAGUGGCCUAAUUGAGAAGCAACUCGAAGAUCGUAAUAAUCUUUUAAGAAAACAUUUCAGCUAUUGCUACUUAUUUAGACUCUUACUAUGGAACUAAAAAAUUUAUAUGAGCAUACCUAUAUGCAGACAAUAAGCAAGUGCCAAACCUUCGUAGACAAUAAUUUGAUAAUCAAAGACAAUAAUACUAAGAAGGUUUGGCGAAGUGACGGUGGAAAAAUCAGUUCAGCACGAUCGCUGAAACUUUUAGGUAUUUUCUAUGUUACUCUUCAGUUUGGCACUGGUAGCAAUAUUGAAAGUAUUAUGCUGAUUGUCGAGAGUGAAAAACGAAGAAUGGAAUGCACGUCGCAGUUAUGGCGCGUAUUUUUGAAAUAGUACAACCCGGUCCUCGAUGAUAAGCGAACGUACGGUAACUAGAACGAAUUAAUUAUUGAAACGUCAAUAUUUUAACAGUGGGCUGGCGGGUUCUGUUAAUUAAUGCAUUACUCGAGAACGCUGUUUCGUAUAAGCGUUUGAACACGAGAAAGGCAUUAAUACGUUUAUUCGGGUACAGGACGUAUCAUAGACGAGAUUACGUUACUUAAGCCUUUCGAGUUUAAAUGUAAUACACAAAACACGGAUCCUAACGGAAACGUAUCGAAAACGUAUGAAAGUAUUCAUAAUAAAGUGAUAAGAUGAGGAUAUUAGUAUGUUAAGGCAUUAAAGUACCGUAGGGCUCUAUUUAUUGGGACCUGAUCUCUUCGAGUGAAUUUUCAUCUUGUGCACCGACAAGAGGAUCUUCCAUAGAAUUGAUAGCCUCUUCAAACACGUAUCUUCCUUCAUUUUUUUACCGUUUCUCUUAUUUGAAAUUCAAAUCAUAUUAAUAAUUUAUCGCGAUACUACAAGAUACUAUAAUUCAAACUCUAUUAAUGCGAAGCACGUUAUAUAUGAAAUGUAAUAGUAUGUUCGAAUUGAAAUACGUAAUUAGCGUUUAUACGGUGAUCUUUCUGAGCGUAGAACAGCAUAUUUUUAAAUAGGCCAUGGAUUUUUAUGUGUCUACGUAAAACUUAAGGAUGCAAAAAUUGACAGGAUAUAGUAUAUAGAAAUAUAAAAAUAUAAAGAUAUGAAAUAUUCAAAGUAGAAUACUCGUUAUAAUUUUUCAGAAACAAAACUUCUACUUACCUUUCGUUUCGUUAGUCGUGUCCAUAAAAGUAUAAAUCUGCAUAAAAAUCCGCAAUCCUCUUAUUAAACAGAAACGCUGAAUCACUGAACGCUUAAUAUGAAACAAAGAAACAGUGGAGAGUCUAUUUCUAACAACGAACAAUUAACAUAAAAGUCCGUAUACAGUUAAAGCUGGAUCAAUAGAAUUCCGAUACGAUUACGAUAAUAGAUAUCAAGAAUAUCGUAGCUUUCAUCGAAGGUAACCACCAAAUAUCCCAUUAAUGUUUAGAUGAUUUUACAGUGCGCGAUGUACAGCGCAAAGAUGAUAUCGUGUUUGAAGAAGCUAAACAAUUUAGCUAUCACAAUUUAGAAAUUCGUGAAUAUGUCAAUAUCGAUAUGUUAUUCGAAGCUUCUCACGAUACGUCGUAAUGUUUCUUGAAAAAUGGUGUAUAGACGGUAUCGAGAUCCUGGAGUUAUUCAGAACAAUGGUGCCACGGUUCGGAUACAUUGAGUUCUACUGUACGUAUUUCAUGAAAGUAUAUCCAUGAAAGUUCGAACGUCAGUUCGAGAAUUAGGAACAAGUCGCGUUAUUAUACAUUUGUCCUAGGUGUUUAUACUUCAUAAUUGUUAUACAUACAUAAUAUUCACACAUGGGCACUUACACGGUACACGUGGGCAUUCACACACAUACACACAUAUACGUACAAAAGAGUAUAUAUAUAUAUAUAUUUCGUUACUAUAUUCGAACGUUGUUGGUGAUUUUUCAUCGCCGAUAUCAGAGAACAGAAUAUAUACACGUUGAGGAUGAGAUAACAUCCAAUUUAUUGCAUUAUUUCAUGGUCGAGUCGUAACGAUAUAGAUGUAUACGUAUACAUAUUCGUACGUUGAAAAAUAACACGUGAUAGAUGUACGAAUAUCGAUCGAUCGUUUGUCAAAUUUUAAUUAAGCAGGCAAAAAAUUAAGAAAUGGUUAUUGCCCUGUCAAAAGUAGGAAAAAGUAUUUAGGAUCGAUAUCACACGUGUAAAUAAAAUAGAAGUUUACGAAGGAAACAGUCUGUACAUUGAAAUCGAAUUGUAUCGACUGAAAUGAUAACAAUAUGUUAUGGUAUCCACAUAUCUAUUAGCAAAAGCUCGUGGCAUAUAAUCUUGAAUUGGCUGAUUUUAAUAUCAUAUAUCAAUGUAAAUUAAUAUUUUCUUUCAUCGUGCAGUAAUAAAAUUUUGCAAGAAAUAAAUUUUUCGGAAUUUUACAAAAAAUACAUGAAUCAAGAACGAUCGAUCGAUUCGCUGUACACGUCAAACGUCAAAUCACAAAAUUACAUGAAAGUACUACUAUAUACAUACUUAUAUUAUUCGAACAGCCCUUCUUUUCGUUGCCCGAGGAUCCACGAGAUUAGUCAAUUUGCGCGAUAUCUAUUUCUAAAAGAAAUUAUAGAUACAUAAUAUGAGAUAUAUACGGAUAUUUACGAGUAUAUACAUAUAUAUGUAGCCGAUAUAUAUAUAUAUAUAUAAUUCAACGCGCUAAAUGAUGAUUAAGGUUAGAUAUACAUUUUCUCGGUCAUGUCGUGGUGUAAUUAAUAUUAUACACAUACGUAUAUACACGUACGUAUGGAGCCCAUGUUGCAGCAUAUAGUACUAAUUGUAAGCUAAUCAUACUAAUUCUUUCGUAUCAAAGUUUUUGUAUGGUAAUCGCAAAUUUUUUUCUUUGUCAGAGUGCAUCAACAUCUUGAUACAGGUAUUUAAUUACAAAAAGUGGAGUAGUCAUAACGAUAGUUUUUACUAUAAGCUUUAGACGUAUCAAGUUGACUUGGAAAUUCUCAUUUACUUUUUUACACUUGCAUAAUUACUUACUUCUUAGUGUGUCCAUACAUUUAUAUUUAUAAUUUACCAAGUCUUUGGAAACAAGCACGCGAAGAGAUUUUAAUAGAAAAGCAAUGACUCUAUAAUUAAUAUAAAUUUCGAUAUUUAUAAAGGAUGUGUAAAUAAUAUACCAUAACAUUAAUUGUUAAACUUAAUGAAUAUAUUAUUACACAGUAUAUCAUACGUUAUACAUAAUACAUAUAAAAUUAUAUUAUUGUAUUAUUAUAUAUACGCAUAUAUAUGUAUGUAUGUACAUAUCGUUGGGGUCAACGUGUAUGGCGAUCGAUAUAAUCGAGCGUAAUCGCAAUAGACGAAAUGCUUGCUGAAACGAAUCGCAGAUGUUAAAAGAAAAAUGUGUUUUGAAAAUCGCUAGAGAUCUAAAGGCGAGCUGUGGAAAAAUUUAGUUUUUAGACGUUUCGCGGUGCUGACAAUAAUAUCUUAUAAUCUCAUGCACUUGUUAUGAUAACGCAACAAACUUAAUAGUGUUUCUAUGCAAUUUGUUAUAUAAAUGUUUUUUAAGGAUUUCGGUUAACUCUUCGUUUAUCUUUAUAUAGGACAAUAAUUAAAAAAUGGUAAAGAUAUGCUAAGACAAUAAAAAUGAUUUUUCUACAAAAUUUUAAAAAUGAAGACCAAUAAUUAUAUUAAAUAACAAUGAAAGUAUUUUCCAAUAAUUUUUUAAAUGAUUUAUUAAGUCGUAUUUUAUUAGAAUCUUUAAAGCAAUUAUACUAUAAUAAAAUAAAUUUAGUAACAUUUCUUGCCUGCUAAAUAAAAUUAUAUUAACGAUAAUUAUAUUAUAUAACAAUGAAAGUAUUCGCCUAUAAUUUACGAAAUAAUUUAUUCAGCUGUAUUCUAUUAGAAUCGUUAAAAGAAUUACAUUACGAUAAAAUAAAUUUAGUAAAUUCGUAAUAAAAUUUCCUGUCCGCCAAAUAAAAUUACAUCGACAAUAAUUAUAUUAUACAGCAAUGAAAGUAUAUUUGUCUAUAAUUUUCGAAAUAAUUUAGUAAGUCGUAUUUAAUUACAGUCGUUCAAAAAAAUAUCAUGAAAAUAGAAUGAAUUUAGCAAUAUUUUCUGUCCUCUAAACAAAAUUACAUCAACUAUACUUACUGAUAUAUUUUAUUACAUCAUCAAUUACUUACAGAUUUUGACGCUACGGCUUACGCAAAACGAAGGGUUAACGAUCGUUGCAUAAACUUCUUUCAUCGAUUCGCGUUUUACCAUACAGAUAUACAUGCUUUCGAUCGAUUUACCCAAUGGUAGAUGAACAUCUUUCGAAACGCUAACUUAGGAAAAUUUCUUGUACGGGGAGGCUCUUUAGAGCCGUCAUUGAAGCUUCCUCAAGCGAUUUCGUAUGUACGUUAUGUUAGAAUCGAUGCGCUGCUGUAAUAGUUUCUGCUGGGCGUAAUAUUACCGACAGUAACGACAGAUAAUAGCAGAGUCACGAUUUACUUGCUCGGGAAUAAUCAGUAUAAUUGCAAAAAUGAUGCAGAUAAUAAUGGGAAACGUAUUUUUGAGUUGACGUUUCCGCGGUAUCGUCUUCGGUCCGCGGUUUUUCCAUUCGGUGAAAAGCCGGAAAUUGAAACGACACGCGUUCCAACGAAUUGCUGUUGCACGCGAUGUUCGUGAUUCGCCAAUAUGUUUGUCACUCGAACGUUGCGCCGAGCGGAACGAUCCGUUGUUACGUUAACAGAAGAAAGUCGUGCGUCCGGUUAGCUUGGAAAAGGAUGAAAGUAUCGUGUUUCGCUUAACAUUUUCGCGGCAAACAAGCUUGUUAGUUUGGUUUAUGAAUAAUAUCUACUUAUAUGCAUAGAUAUAUGGUAGGGUGGAGUCAAAGUUAUCUCUUCUCUAAGAAAUCAAAACGGCCAAAUGACUAUUUUUUGAACCAAUAUUUAACUAUUAAGAGCACUUGGAACAGAGAUUGUAAAUAAAACGACGGCACGUAUAUAUAUUGAGAAAUGAUGUAAUUUAUUUUAUAAAAUGACAUGGAACUUUAUAUAACAACCGGAGGAUGUUGAAAUAGCGGGCUAUUGAAAUGUUGAAGUGGCGAAUAGCGAAUAGACUACGCUAUUGUGACAAUACAUGUGCGAUGGAGAUUAUGCGAAAAGCAGAAGUAAUAGAGGAUAUGAAAGACCAAGAUAGUUACAACUGAAAUAACGAGACUGUUAAGAUAUAGAAAAAUUGGAACAAUAAAAUUUAAUAUACGUAGUUUAUUGAAACUACGAAUUAUGGAAAUAUGAAGAUUCCGGAAACAAUGUAAUCACAAAAAUAAGGAAACAAUUAAAGAAAAUAAGUAUUAAAAGAUAUCCAAACUGACCUGAAAGAACGGUACGAACAAAAAUUUUGUUCGGAUAAUUAUAUAUUAUAUAAACGUAUAAUCAUUGUGACUCUGCUCUGCCAGCAAUGGCCUAGUCAUAUACAUAUAAUCAUCGUUUUAUUUGAAAAAAUCGUGGCUCGCAUAAUUCAGUGCUGCAUCAGAUAUUGUAUACGCUAUUGUAUCGAAGUAGUAACAGGCCUAACUUUUAUCCAUGUUAUUCCAUUGUCAGAAUCAAAAGGUGGGGUUGAACUCGAAAUAUACAUUAACUAUAAUCACUACGACGAUACGUAGGAUAAGUUCUAAUGCUGUUCGAACAAUAAUACUGAUAUAUUUAUAUGGAUAUAUAGCUCCGAUAAUAAUUUUACGACAAUAAAGAGAAAAGAAAAAUACGGGGUGGGCCGAUCGUAGCGUACUAAUGCAUCGAAUGCGAGGGGAACCAAUCGUCUCUGGAUCAAAUUACAUUGUUAAAAGUCGAAUCUCAUCGGAUAGAAUUGCUGCACUAUUUAUGAAACACUAUGAUGGUAAAACCUUUAAAUAUUGCGCACGCUUUUCUCGGUGCACCCUGUAUCGUUUUAAAUAACAAUUAGCUUUACGUAUAUGUGUAAUCGAGAGUACCGUCUAUGCGAUAUUAAACGACGAAUAAGAGAAAAUCGAACGUUUCACUUAUCCGUGAAAACGAUUAUAUUUCGCCUAUGUUUGCGCAUUGACAGACAAAUAUGCUAAAGGUUUUCAAUCAGCGAAUAUUCAUAAAUAUCAGACAGACGAAUAAUGCAUUGUCAGAGUUAUAUAGCUACUACGAUACAUUAUGCAAAGAUAUUUGUUAUCAAUGAUAGAUAUAACGUUGUUAAGUUCAGUAUACGUAAGUUUUUAUAACUGACGUAUUUAACACAUUCUUAUAUAGACUUUGAACAAUGCUGCUGAAUAACGCUAAUGCAUUUUUUAGUUUGUGCUGUUUGACAGUAUAAUUUAUGAAGAGACAUAAAACAGUAAACUGCACAGUCAUUAUUAUUUAAAAUACAGAUCUUUCUGAUGAAAGAAAAAUGUAAGAGGCGGGUAGCCAUAUUUUAAUAACAGUGAAUGUAUUAGAUGAUUGAAACAUCUUUUGAUCAACAUAGAUGUAAUUGUUAAUUUUUGCACUAUGUUUAUACCUUCUUCAAGUGAUUUUUAAUACAUUUGUAAAUGCCUUUCGUCAUCAGUAUGUUGUAAGUUAAUAUAACUGACUGUUUUAUUAUUCACGUUACGUAUAUCGUUAUAUUUUUCAACAAUUUUAACAAAUCUUUAAAUGUUUUCUUAAUCCGUUACAUUAGAUUGGUUUGUAGCAAUAUUGAAGACGUGUAAAUCGUUAUUUGGUUGUCUUUUCACCGAUAAAAUACGGAGAAGGGAAACUGUAUAAAUAAUAUCGUAGAUAUUAGUAAUAUUUUUCUUUUCGAAAUAAAACUUUUUAUUACGAAAGCUGCACUGAAAAAGAGUAUUGGUAUCGCUGAUUAAUCCAGGAAAAUUUACAACUGAGAAUUGAUUACAAGUUGUAAAUUAUAAUUUUCACGAGAGUGAAAUGACAAAAAUAUGUUACGAAUAUAUCAUGAAACCGCUGGUAUCACGUAGUAACAUAUAUCAUCAUGUUCAUUAGAAGCAUUUAACAUUUACUUUGUCACUGACGAAGAUAGAGGAAUUAUAAAAAUAAAUUAUAAAUUGCUGUCAAAAAUUACAUGUCUGUCCUCAGAAUAUUCAUGCAAAAAUUAUUCAAUGUCGAGAUAUUGCAGAUGUAAUUUUUAAUCUAUUGCUUCGAUAGAUAACUAUUUUCUCUGAAAACGGUUUAAAAAAACGUGUGUAAGGGAUUGAUCAUGGGUGUCCGACGAGUUUGCUACGCUAUUGUUUCCGGGCGCAAUUGUAUAUGGCGUGAAGUUUAGAAAAUGCUUGAAAUGUACAUUACCUAUUCAUAAACAUAAAAGAAGGUAUUAACUUGUGGUCUCAACGAAAGUAAAUUAAAUUGUAACGUAUAGUAUUGAAAGAACCAUAUGAAAUUAUAUAGAUAUAACAAAAAAAAUAUAUAUAAAUUAAAUAAAUAUAUAUAUACAUACAUAUACAAAUAUACAUUACAUGUAUAUACCAUGUGUAACGUGUUACAUGUUCUGUACACAUAUAAUACGUGUCGUUAUAUGUACAUUUUUUAGGUACAUAAUUCAGAUAAUGUCGAGCUACAUCGUUCUAUUGAUCUUGUUUUGCGAGAAAGAGAAAUUUCACUUAUUAAAUGUCGACAAUAAACGAAGGAAGCUCGCAAAUAUAGGAAAGCAUAUAUUGUAAGAGCAAUAAAGUAGAUAUGCUUUAAAAAUAUGUAUGUCGAUACUGUGCGAGAUUUUGACGUGAUAUCCUCGUGCUUUUGACUUAUUCGAGUAAAAGAGAAGCUUUGAAAAUAAUGCUAUAUUAUUAAUAUUUAUUAAUUCACGCUGUAUGUUGAGAAUAUCAGCGUUAAAAGUUUCUCAUGUUUUAAGGUAUGAAAAUGUUUUAGAUUUAAAACGGGUAAAAGUUAAAAUUUGUCGAAUUAAAGUCUUUUUCCUUAAAUUUUUGUUAAAUAUAGUUUGUAUUAAUAUAAUCAGAAUUAUUAUAUUAUUUAGAAUAUCAGAAUUGUGUAUUAUAAUUGUUGCAUGUAUUACCAAGAAGAUUAUUAUUUCCAGCGAGCACGAGCGUUUCACGAAAAAAUACUUACGUUUCAAUCGUACUAAGCUUCUUGUAGCUUUACGUAUGAAUGUAGGUUUACUAAUAAUUCCUUGUUAUUAUGUUUUAUAUCUGUAAAAUGUCUAAAUUAAAUCCUUUCUGUGUGUAUGUGAUCUGCCGAGAAAAUUGUUUUAUGUCACGUGAAAUAAUUUAUCGCUCUACAAAUUAUAUGGAAUAGAAGCGUAUGUAUCGCAUUAUUCAAACGAUGGCAAAUGAAAGCAAUUGUUUGUGUUCUCUAGUCUAAAUUGAGCCUGUUUUACCUGUUGUUAGAAUAUUCUUUGUAUUCAUUUUGAAUCCACAUACAUUUCUGCCAUAAUCAUCGAUCCUAUUAAACUAAACCUUGAAGGUAAAAUUAUUACGAAGGAUAUCUUCACGUUUAUAAAUGUUGUGAAUUAAAGUUUAACGUACUUGGUAAAAAAUUCAUUAUAAAUUUAGUUAGUGUUCUGAAGUCUAUUUAGAAGUAAUUAUAUUAUCAAAUUGUUAAUUAUAUAAAUUCUGUCUAUUAUUACGUUAACAAUUUUAAAUUAUCAUUAGACUGCGGAUUUUUAUGUAUUUAUGGGAAAUUUAAAGAUACUGAAAUGCACAGAAUGUACAUAAUAUGCAAAGAUAUAUAAAAUCUUCAAGGUAUGAAAUUCGUUAUAACAUUUAGUGGAUGAAAACUAAUCUCGGCCUAGGUUCCAUUUUUUUAAAUUAUAUUCAUAAAGAUGUGAAUUUGCAUAAACAUCUCCAGUCUAAUAAUCAUUAUCGUCUUAAACAUGAAAAAUAAUAUUUUUAAAUGAAAAGUCGAAAGCAACUUUUUCAACUCGUUUGAGAUAACUGGAAAUACUUUUUAACGAAUUAAUUUUUUUUACGAAUUAAUCUUUUACGUAACGAAAUAUUUUAUGCAACAAAGUACGAUUAACCAGUUUGUUUGUUAAGAACGAUAAAAUAUUUAGCGAGUUAUUAUUGAAAAAUUUCAGCAAUGGUUCAAUUAUCCAUCUGAAUGUUAGUUCAAACAUUUCUAAUUCUCGCGAACCCGUAACUGGUGUGGGUGCGUGUGUGCGUCCCUAGUUUCCCCUGUAUAUGCGCGUGCGUGUGUACAUAUAUAUACUUAUAUAUACGUAUAUAUACAUUAUACAUUAUUAUUAUUAUAUAAAUUUCGAUCGAUCCUAGUGUAUCGAACUGACAAUAUUAAAAUUGAUCGGACUUAUGGUUUAACCGACAAUAAUAUAUUUGUUAAGGGCAUUCGAGAAGUAGUGUUACGCGUGAGUCAAAAGAAUCUGCUCUUCCGUGCUGUGCAUCAAAGUACACGAGAUCUUAGUGUUAACGAUCUAUUCACAUGCUCGAUCACACGAUUCACGUUCCCGUGCUCCAGUGUAUCUCCGAUUAACGCAUUAUCAACGAAAUGUAUUAUGUUUAUCAUCGAUUCAGGUCUCUUAAACGGUGACGAUAAGACUGAUUUAAGAUGUGACAUUAAAAUAACAGUGAAUUUCACUGUAAUAUUUCGCAUAUUUGCUUGAUCUUUCUUUGUAGAUUACAUCGUUAAAUCUGAGCGAUUGAAAGAAGUUGGUAGAAGAAGUUUCUUGAACUAUUAUUAUUUACAAUUUUACAAUUGUAAGUAGACAGAGUAAGUGAGAUAUUUGAGAUGCUUAUGGGUUUCAUUAAAAUUUUAUUAUCACGAUCUAUCGUUAAUCGUGGACUUUCUAUUAUUACCUAUUUGGCAAUAUUUGAAAUAGAAUUAUUCAAAUAAAGCAAUAUCUGUAGUAAUAUGCAUUAUAAAAGUAGACUGAUACGUUGUAACGAUCAAUUAAUAUUUUUUACAAAACUCUCCCCAAAACUUCUGAAACGUUGUCACUAUGCGUCGAACAGGAUAUUAUGCGAAGUUCGAAUUGAUAACGCGACAAAUUGUUCGUUGAUAAUGCGUUAGAACGUCGGCACCUGAUAUCAGUUUGAAUAUCUUGAAGUUGGAAGAUACGUAGACAUCGAUUUGUCGCGUGUAUUAUUGUCGCGGCUGAAGAGUUGAAGGCCAUUAUGAAGAUUCGCGAUCAUGGCAUGCCCUGGUAUUUAACUAUAAUCGCGAUUUUCCCUGUGAAACGUUCUCUCUUCUGUGUCCAUUGACGUUAAAUUUCUCAGAGGUAAUCACUAAUUCGCAUUCUCUUAUAGCGGUUUCAUAAUUAACACAGAUGACAUGAAACGAUAAUCUUAAUAACCCCGUGGUGGGCAAUUUAAAGAAAAUCUAUUUUGACUGUUCAAAUAAACGAAAUAGCGGGCCUGUUCUAUUAUAAUACACGUAGCUGCAAGUUAGGACGAGAACAAAAAGCAAACAAAAAUGAGUCAUUGUUACACACGCCGGUAAGUCUGGUUUGUUAAUAAUUAUUACAACAAUAAUUAUGUAAAAUAUGUAUGUAUACUGUAAUUUUGAGUGUAUUAUGUAAUUAAAAAAAAGAUAAGAAAUACUGAUUAUUGACAAUAAAUUGUAAGCCGAUGUUUUCAAA